AUGAUGUUAAAAGAUUCGAAAUUUUCGUCCCAUCUUCUUCAUCUUUCACAACUACAAACAAUUAAUCAUAAAACAUUGGAUGAAUAUCGAGAUCGUUUGAAAACUUACGAAGAUUAUCUUUGGUUUGGCAAACCUGAUCGUAUCUCAGCAAUUGAAUGUGCACGUCGCGGAUGGACAUGUCAAAACAAUGAUUUAAUUAAAUGCGCGAAUUGCCAUGCAGAAAUCAUUGCACAAUUGCCAAGUGUUUUAAAUAUUCACGAAUAUACGGAACGUGUCGAGAAUAUCGCUCGAUCGUUAGUCGAUGCUCAUCAUCGGUACUGUGUUUGGAAAUUUAUGAUUAUUCCAGAAUCAGUGAUACAACUCACUGAUAUUUAUUCCAAUGAAACAAUAAAUAAGUUUGUAAAAGAAGCAGAAGAAUUUUUACUGCAAUUUCAACAGAUUGAUCUGGUUGGACAACUAAAAACAAAUUUUCAAAUUGAAGCAACAGAUUUUGACCUCUUAUCAAGUUCAUAUUUGAACGAUCCACGUUUACUAUCAGCUUUUAAAAUCCUUGUUUUCUAUUGGAAACUGAAAGGUUCUUCAUUAAGUUGUGAAAAAUGUUGCCGAGAAAUUUCAAUUAAUCGGAAUCAUCUAAUAUUGGAUCCAAUUGCAUCUCAUCGAGCUUGGUGUCCUAUUCUGAAAAAUGAGCAAUGGAAAAAACGAAUUGAACAAAUUGAAACCAUUCUGCACGCAAAAUCUCGUCAUAAACUCGAAGAAAUUCAGUCGAUCAAUGAUCAUACCGAACAGAUUCUUCCCGAUAUUAUUUCCACGCAGAAUCUUUUCCAUGAGUUAAUACCGAGCAAAGAAUAUUAUCGUUCGUGUGUACAAAGUACCUAUGUGGAUAACACUCCAUCGUCGGAGUUGGAGCACUCAACUAACAAUUCCAAGUCAACAGAAUGA